AUGUACAAAAUUUUGAAUGGUGAUGAUUCCACAUCUGCGUUACCAACUGCUCGUUCUACUACUUCUAGGUCUUCAUUAGUUUCUGUACCUGUUGAUGAUACUGGGUAUGGGAGUUGGAGAGGAACCAUUCUUGUGGCUUUGUUUGUUAGAAAUAAACUGGAUUUCAUUAAUGGAUCUUCAGUUAAGCCUCCUGACAGUUCUCCCUUGGCGAGACAGUGGCAGAGGUGUAAUGAUUUGGUCAUCUAUUGGUUAACCAACUCCUUGUCUAAAGACAGUGCUCGUAGUGUUGAGUACCCUGAACUUGCCAAAGAUAUUUGGAGUGAGUUGGAGAAAAAAUAUGGUCAAGUAAAUGCUGUAAUGGUUUUUGAGCUUCCGAAAGAACUAGCUCACAUCUCAUAG